AAAGGAGAGGAUUGGAAGGCCGGGCGUAUAAAGCCGCGCACAGAGCGUGAAACAAAGCAGUCGGAUCGGAAUUGGACUUGGGAGGCGCGGUGCCGAGUCAGACAUAAAACUUGUUGGAGAGGAAGAAUAUUCCUGUUCCAAGAGACUAUAAGGCAACAUCAAUGAAGGAGAGAAGAGCCAGCCAAAAAUUAUCCAGCAAAUCUAUCAUGGAUCCUAAUCAGAACGUGAAAUGCAAGAUCGUAGUGGUGGGAGACAGUCAGUGUGGGAAAACCGCGCUGCUGCACGUCUUCGCCAAGGACUGCUUCCCCGAGAAUUACGUCCCCACUGUGUUUGAGAAUUAUACGGCCAGUUUUGAAAUCGACACACAAAGAAUAGAGUUGAGCCUGUGGGACACUUCGGGUUCCCCAUAUUAUGACAACGUUCGUCCCCUCUCAUACCCAGAUUCAGAUGCUGUGCUGAUAUGCUUUGACAUCAGUAGACCUGAGACUCUGGACAGUGUCCUGAAAAAGUGGAAGGGUGAAAUCCAAGAGUUUUGUCCCAAUACCAAAAUGCUCUUGGUUGGCUGCAAGUCUGACUUGAGGACAGAUGUUAGUACAUUAGUAGAACUUUCAAAUCACAGGCAGACUCCAGUGUCAUACGAUCAGGGGGCAAAUAUGGCCAAACAGAUUGGAGCAGCUACUUAUAUUGAAUGUUCAGCUUUGCAGUCAGAAAAUAGUGUCAGAGACAUUUUUCACGUUGCCACCUUGGCAUGUGUAAAUAAGACAAAUAAAAACGUUAAGCGGAACAAAUCACAGAGGGCCACAAAGCGGAUUUCACACAUGCCUAGCAGACCAGAACUCUCGGCAGUUACUACGGACUUAAGAAAGGACAAAGCAAAGAGCUGCACUGUGAUGUGAAUCUUUCGUUAUCUUUAAUGAGGACAAGUGAAUCUAGUGUAAAAACGCGAGCGAAACAAAAAGGUGAGAAGGACAGCCAAAGCCACAUACACUGCAGGCUCAGGAGGCCCCUGAGGGGACCCCUAUCUUUGUGGAAUCCUGUCCUUAGGCUCGGCGUGUAGGCCGAGUGGUGAGAAGCAACAACGUUGAAGUGUUUUGAAGUGUGACUUGAAAAAUAUGCCAAAAAGGAGAGAUGCAAAAUGGGCUAAGAGAGGUGAGGAGGAAGGCGAGUACCUCCAUGAAGAAAAAUCACAGAGUGGUGCUUGCGUCGUGUUCUGUUCUGUUUUGUUUUGUUACAUUCUAUUCGUGGAUCUCUACUUUCAUUUUUAAAUGUUUUAAUCUCCUUUUACAAAAAAUAUAUAUAUAUUAAUAUACCAUCUCAUUGGGGAACUGGCACUGUAACCUUAGCAUUUAGUUUGCUAGAGGAUGCGAUCUAAUUUCCUCCUAGCUCGUCAUUAAAAUGGAAAUUGUAUCAGGACCCAUGGGAUUCCAGAGGGAAACUUCAUGAGGCUUUGAAAUCCUGCCCUCCUGAAGAUGACUGCUCAGCGAGAUGGUUCUGAAGAAAAGUGUUUGCAGCCUUGCAAGAUGUGUAGACCAGCGCUACAAAGAUUGCAUAGAUCAAAUAGAAAGAGGCGUUGAUUUUGAUUCAGUCUGAUGGUUCUGUUCAUUGUGAUUGUCAUUAACAAGUGGUAAAUUGCUCAAUGUAAUAUUUUUGUGCGCUGUUUAGAAAAGAGGUGUGUGAUUUUUUUUUUUUUUGCCAUUGUUGAUGAAAAUGCAAAGUCAAAUAAAAGUGUCUUUGUGUUAUAGAAUGAUCCAAGGGAGAAAAAUAUAGGUACUAUUUUCACCAGGAGAGGUAAUGAAUGAAGGAAUAGUAGCAGAAAGCACAGUUUGUGAGUAAAGGUGUCAGGAAAUACGCUACCAAAUGUACAAAGCAGAAGGACUCUUAUUUUGAGAUGGCGCUCCAGUUGGCAGCAUCUAAUGAUCUGUUGGUUUAUUAUACUUUCCUUAAAUGAACAUGCAUUUGAGAAGGACCCACUUACCGAGCUUUAGAAAAUCCCUAGUAGAAAAUUAUAUGAUGCCAGUCAUGACAUUACACUAGGGCAUUUCUUCCUUCCUUGCUUUCUUUCCUUUUCUUUCCUUUCCUUUCCUUUUCUUUUCUUCUUUUCUUUUCUUUUCUUUUCUUUUCUUUUCUUUCUUUUCUUUACUUUUUUUCUUUUCUUUCUGGCAUUUCUGAGAGCUAUUGCUAAGAUCCACUUAACCAGAUUUACCCAGGGUCCAGGUUGAAAACUGCAUCUUUGUUGUUGCAUACAAUAAUCAACAUUUAAAAUAGUUUACAGGUAGAUUUUUGACCCAUUCUAGCUAGGGAUUCUUUCAGAGAAGAAGCCAGAUCUGACUUGUUUAUUGUUGGCGCUUGUUAAAAACAAGCUUUCUUUCCCAUCACAAUGCUUCAUUUUUGAAGUCUUGAAGCUGUGUUCCCAUUACUCUGUGGCAGGAGAGUAGAUUAAGUCAAUUACAGCCCUCCGUUUGGUGUCUUACAAGCACUUUGUUUUGUCUCUGCAAGAAAAUAUCAUUUGAGUCAUUUCCCACAAGAUACAGAUGUUUUCCCAACAUUAUAUCCUUUGAUUGAUGCAGCAUUAUGCUUUGGACAGUAUUACAAAAUAGCUGGCAAGUGCUUUCUGUAUUUAAAUAUUGUAAAAAGAAAAUAAGUUAUAACUGUUAUAAAGCAGAACUUAUGUUGCAUUUUUUUUAAAUGUCGAAGUCACUUUGUAUGUUUGUUUGGUCAAUGUUUCUGCAGUAUUUAUUAAAACAUACUUUUUCCCCCUUCAAAUAAAAAGUAACCAUG